CCCCCCCCCGCUCGCCUGCUCGCGCAAGGGACUGUUCCUGCACCCUCCGCUACCUCCCUCCCUUCCCAUCUGCCAGCCUCCGCCGCUGCCAGCCUCCGCCGCUGCUGCCACUGCUGUUGCCCCUGCGAGCGCUGGCCCGAACGUGUUUGGGCCCGCAAUCUGGCACCCGCGCCCCACUCUCUCCUCUCCCUGCCGGGCCUCGGCCAUUUUCUCCCCGCUCGCCGGAACCAUGCAGGACGACUGCAUGUCCCAAUCCCCGAAGCUCGAGUCGCCGGACACUCUCCUCGUCCGGCAACUCCCGCCCAUGGUGACCCCCCUGUCCGAGGAAUCCAUCGCUUCCAUGGCCAGCUGGCCGGGCAUCGACGAGAAGUCCGAGACCUUUGUGUACCGGCUUUUCCGCAUGGUCGAGAACCCCAACAGCCAACACAUCAUUCGGUGGUCCAAGACCGGGACCUCCUUCCUGAUUAUCGACUGCAAGGAGCUCGAGGCCCAUGUCCUGGCACAGUACUUCAACCACUCGAAGUUCUUCAGCUUCGUGCGCCAGCUCAACAUGUAUGGCUUCAACAAGGUCAACAACACCGACCUCGCGUCCACCGAGUCCGGCCCCUAUCACCAGUCGUCCGGCCAGCAGCAGCAGCAGCAGCAGCAGCAGCAGCAACAACAACAACAAUACCAUGCCCAAUUCCCGAACUUUCCCUCCCACCAGCCGGCGGAGGGCGGCGACGAUGAGGACGCCAAUGAGGCCGGCUUUGAGAGGCGCAUGCUCGGCGCACAGGAGGACGCCAGCGAUGAUGAGCCCGCCCUCCUGCGCAUGUGGGAGUUUGCCCACCCGCUUUUCCUCCGUGGCAAGCCGGAGUUCGUGCCGGAGAUCAAACGCAAGGGCGAUAAGGGCAAUCUCGACAUGCAUGGCGGCCACUUGCAGGGUGUCGGCCAGCGGCCUCUCCCCCCGGGGGUGCACCCGACUGGCAAGCUGUUGCAUCCGGAUGACCCCUAUUCCGGGGGGAUGCCUCAUCUGGGCGGGAUGCCUGGAGGACAUGACGAGUCCAUGCUGCGCGGCGGGCAUGGCGGUCCCGGGCCAUAUGGCAUGCAUGGUGGCGGCGGCGGCGGCGGCGGCGGCGGCGGCGGCGGCAUGGUCGGCGGCCCCGUCCCAUCGGGCCCCGAGGAGUCGCUGCUUGAUGACAUGUCCUUCGGGAUGCCGGUGGUUCAAUCGACGGCCGGGCCUCAGACAUCCCUCCCCCCGGCUGUGGGGGCGGAUGUCCGGCGUACACGGCCCUCCUCUCGGUCGUCGCUUGCUGGGAAUGUUCCCACGCCGGAUCAGUCCCUCCCGCCGAUGGUAGCCGGCGGCGGUAAUGCCGGCCCCACUGCCGGGGGGAACUACCCCGGUGGUGGGCCUCAUCAGCCGCCGGUGUACCUCCCCCAGUACUCGGCCGGCGUGCGCCCUGCCGAAGUGUCCCCCUUCCACCAUCAACAAUACCAGCCGCACCCGCAGCCGCAGCCGCACCCGCAGCCGCAACAAUACCUGGCGCCGCACCAUCGGCCAUCGGUCCCCGGGCAGGUGCACCCCAUGCACCCAUCGGAUUCCCAUGGCCGGCCGCCGCACUUCCAGCCACACUAUGCCCCCUCGCCGCCGGUGAUCCACUCGUCCCCCUUCUCGGCCUUCCCGGCAUCGGGCGGCGGCCAGCUGACCGAGCGCGAGGCCCUGCUGGCCGAGGACAUUGGGCUCCUGUCGCAGCGCCUCUCCGACAUCAGCUACCUUCUCUCGGCGAUGAUCUACCACAUGAACGUGCCCUUCAUCAAUGAGGACCCGCUUCUUUCGAAGGCCGCACGUGCUCUGGUCCAGCCGCUGCGCCUGCACUCGGCCGGCCUCCUGUCUCCCCGGGCCGGGGCGGCGCCGCCACACGGCCUGGACCCCCUGGCCAGCAGCCCCCACUUUGCUGUUGGUAGCAGCCUGCCCGGGGCAGGGCGCUCGAGUCACCCCCGGGAGGACUCCCAGUCGGCGGAUGUCGGGGGUGCUGGCGGCAGUGGCGGCCCGGGCGAGGCCACCAAGCCCCCGCAUGGCACCUUUGUCCCUGGGCACCGGCGUGCCGCCUCCGGGUCGCAUUCCAUGUCGCACCCGGCCCCGGUGACGGCCCUCCUGUCGGCCUCGUCGAUGGCCACCGGCCCGGAGGGUCGUCGACGCCAAAUGCCCUUCACACAUUCGCGCUCGAAAUCCUUCACACAGAGCCGGCCUGCGGCAAGCAGUGCCGGGUCCGGAUCCGGCGGGCUGCUGUCCCCGGGAGCCCGUGGGGCCCCGGGCCCCGGUGGUCACCACCGCUUGACCCAACACUCGCGGUCACACUCGAUUGAUGUUGGGACGGAUCCGUCGUUGAUUGCGGCAGCCGCGGCGGCCGCGGCCGCCGGUGACCCGUCCGCUCGGGCACGCUUCGUCCAGCCGGACAGCCUGCAUCAUGAUCCCGGGCGUGGCCGGGCCGGGUCCUUCGCGUCGACCCUCAGCACGGGAAGCAGCUUCAGCACUUUCGGUGAGGCCGGCCGCGCGAGUGUCACGGCUCCGGAGGAGGGCUCCGCGUACUCGGGCUCCGGUCCUUCUGGCCCGGGGGCGCCGCCUGCCGGUGUCAAGACUCCUCCCCGUGCUGGCUCGGGAGCACCCGGUGGCUCGUAUGAGCAGCACCACACCAACCGGUCGUCGGGCCACCCGUCGCAGCAUGGCGGCUAUUCGACGGAGCCCGGCACCCAGUCCCCCUCGACCAUGGUCUUCCAUGAUGAGCGGCCAGCUCCCCCGGGGAUCGGGGAUGACCUGGCCCAUGGUGCUCCGCGCUCGCGCACCGGCUCGCAUGCCUCCCUGACGCAGGCUCCCCCUUCGGCGCCCGGCGGACCGGGGGACUUUGCCGCCGACUCGCCGGGAGCCGCCCUUGCCACGGCAUCGGGGAGCAUCUCCUCCGGGGGCAUGGCCUCCUCCUCGGAGCCUGACACCUUCCUGGUGCACGGCCAGCAGGCGGACCACCCGCCAGGCCAGCAGUACCUCACGUACUCGCAGCAGCAGCAGCAGCAGCAGCAGCAGCAGCAGCAGCAACAGCAACAGUAUUACCCGUACUCGCAGCAGCAACAGCACUACUCGCAGCCAGCCCCCUACAACCAGGGCGUAUACUUCGGCUCGGGGGAAGAUCGUUCGGGCAGCGGCUACUCCCCGCGCCACCAGUCCUGGCAGGCGGUCCCCCUGUCGGAACUGUCGGCCUCCAAUUCCAUGAGCCUUUCGUCGGGGGUGGACGCCGGCGGCCCCUUUUCCAUGACCGAACCGAAGCCCCAUGACAUGGGCGGGCCCUUCCGCCCGCAUCAGCCGCACCUGGCCGGCCAGUACCCUCAUCCGGCCUCGCAUCACCACCACCCCUCGCAUGGCGAGGCGUCACUCUUCCCCUCGGAGGAUGCCCAUGAUGCCACCAUGCAUGAGCAGCCUCCCCGGCCGGCAGAUCACCAGUCGCAGCCAGGGGCACCGUCACACCCUUUGCACGCGGUGGUGCCUCUAUGA